AAAGAGACAAGAAUCUUAAAGUGCCUUGCCUUGAACUCGAUAACACCCCAAUCCUUUCACCUUUACACCUUAAAACAACCACCUUCAACAAGAAAAGAACCCAAUAACCAAUUUCUCCACAUCUUUAAAAACACCCCAUAAAUCAUAAUACAACACAGAGCUCGCUAGGUACAUUAAUUCUUGUAUCCAACACGUACAAUGGCUGCUAAUGAUAUGAGAUCAGUUGCAACCCUCCUUAUGUUCCUCAAUAUCUCCAUGUACGUCGUGCUUCUAGGCCUUGGUGGUUGGGCCAUGAACCGAGCCAUCGAUCAUGGUUUCAUCAUUGGUCAAGGGUUCGAUUUGCCUGCUCAUUUCUCGCCUAUAUACUUCCCAAUGGGAAACGCAGCCACUGGUUUCUUUGUGACGUUUUCAUUAAUUGCUGGUGUUGUUGGUGUUGCAUCCUCCAUAGCCGGCUUUGACUAUAUUCGUUCUUGGAAUUCUGAUUCCCGACCUUCAGCAACUUCUGCUGCCCUUAUUGCAUGGGCACUUACUCUGCUUUCCAUGGGGUUUGCAUGGAAGGAAAUCGAGCUUGAAGGCAGAAACGCGACACUGAGAACAAUGGAGGCAUUCUCGAUUAUCCUCUCGGUUACUCAAUUCCUAUAUACAAUUGUUCUUUACGGAUGAUGAUCAAGGCAAUUAUAUGGAUCCAUGAGUUUGAAUCACAUACAUGUGUUGCAGAGUAUUCAUGUUUAAAGUCACAUUUUCUUAUUAAUUUCUUUCGUGUGAUUAUAUGUAUUUAUAAGAUUCUAAAUAGAAUUCGGUUGAAGAUAAAUGUCGUAGUUGUCAAACAUUCUUUCCUACUAGGGAUUUGAAUUUUUCAUUUUCACAUUCGAUGUUUGUUUGUAAAUUGAUAAAUCUUUGUACUUUUAUAUAAUACAAUUUAAGAAAAUAAUAAGAAACAAUAUCAAAC